AUGAGUUUUCUAUUCAAGUCGAAGCAAAAAACACCACACGAGCUGGUGAAGAUUCUUAAAGACGCCAUUAAUAAGCUGGAUGGCUUAGACAAAAAGAAGGAACUUCUUUGGGCAGUUUAUGUAUACUUUUUGACUCUGAGAAGAGUUGUUCCUGACCUCUCAACAAACCUGUAUAGUGAUAAAGAUAAAAGAAGAAAAGGUCCUCACCAAAUGUCAUUUCACAGUGAUCCUGUGCAAGAAACGGUCGCGCAAUUGGCACAAGAAGUUUAUAAUAAUGAUAUUUUGCAAUUAUUAGUGUUGAAUAUUUGGAGAUUCGAGUUUGAGGCAAAGAAAGACGUGUCGCAGAUAUUCAAUAACCUUCUAAGAAGGCAGAUAGGUUCAUUGACUCCAACCGUCGAUUAUUUAACAAAUAGAGAAGAAAUACUAUUUACAUUACUUAAAGGUUAUGAGAAUCCCGAUAUAGCUCUUAAUUGCGGAAUGAUUCUACGGGAAUGUCUUCGACAUGAAUCCUUGACCAAAAUUAUAUUGUAUUCGCCACACUUUUACGAUUUCUUUACUUAUGUAGAAAUGAGUACAUUUGAUAUUGCUAGCGAUGCCUUCGCUACAUUCAAGGAGAUAUUGACACGUCACAAGACUUUGGUAGCCGAGUUUUUGGAUGUUAAUUACGAACAGUUUUUCGAGUCUUAUACCAAAUUGUUGAAUUCAAAUAAUUAUGUGACUAAGCGACAAUCCCUUAAACUUCUUGGAGAAAUUUUACUGGAUCGUUGUAAUUUCAAUGUGAUGACUCGAUAUAUCGCGAGUUCAGAAAAUUUGAAACUUAUGAUGAAUUUAUUAAGGGAUAGAAGUCGUAAUAUUCAAUUCGAAGCUUUUCAUGUGUUUAAGAUAUUUGUGGCGAAUCCAAACAAAACUAAGCCUAUCUCGGAUAUUUUGAGCAAGAACCGGGAAAAAUUGAUUCAAUUUUUAGGAAAUUUUCACAAUGAUCGUCACGAUGAUGAACAAUUCAAUGAUGAAAAGGCAUUUUUAUUGAAACAAAUUCAAGAAUUACCAGAACUUGAGGUUCUGUCGCGAUAG